AUGUACACACACAAACUUCACGUUCGUUACAUAAACACUCGUAACAAGUAUUUUCGUUACGCUUACAACGUUUUUGCCGAGAAUCUUGUUUUCUUUGCCGCUCUAUAUCCUCGUCUAAGUCGGCAAUUAGCUUACAAAACACACAUUUACAACCGCAUAGAUAUUUGCAUCCGAAACUUUCCUCGUCACAAUUACAUUGACAUUUUUCAUCAAUCGACGACAUUUAUUUUAGAAAUAAAACAGCUGUUUGAAGGCGAUGCUUGCUGCUUGGCAUACAACGACGACUGCGAAUGGUUUGAUGAUGAAGAUUUUACAUUUACAGGAAACAACGAAUGGUUUGAAAAAGCGUGGAUUGAUGGUUUAGCAGAACUUGACGAAAUGCAAAAUGGUUAUCGUAAUAAUAUAGCUUUAUAA